UGUUGUGCACGUUGUUCUUCCUCAAACUCUGCCUUUGCUUUUCAAUUUUCCCCUUUGAUUCAAACACACCCUCUUUCUCUCUUUACUUUUUGAUUAUCAGAACUCCUCCGAUGCCUUGGUCGGAAAAGCAGUAGAGUUGCAUGGUUUUAGUCUGACAAAAAAAAAAACAAAGGAAAAAGAAACCGGGGAAGAGCUAAAGAUGUUACAGAGAGCUGCAAGCAAUGCAUAUUCAUGGUGGUGGGCGAGUCACAUCAGAACAAAGCAAUCAAAAUGGUUGGAGCAGAACCUGCAAGAUAUGGAGGAAAAGGUGCAACAUGUGCUUAAACUCAUUACGGAAGAUGGUGACUCGUUUGCCAAGAGAGCCGAGAUGUACUACAAGAAAAGACCAGAACUGAUACAAUUUGUGGAAGAGACCUACAGAGCUUACAGGUCCUUGGCUGAAAGGUAUGAUCACCUUUCGACAGAGCUACAAAAUGCAAACAACACAAUUGCUUCUGUUUUCCCUGAACAAGUUCAGUUUGCAAUGGAUGAUGAAGAGGAAGUGCCCACACCUAAACCAAAAAAGACUCUAGACAUGUCAAAGAACAUACCACAGGUGCCGAAGGGUCCAACUAAGGAGCUGAAGAGUCUUUUGUCACGAGCAGCAGUUGGCAAAAAGAAAUUCCAGCCUCAGAAGUCAGUAAAAAGAACAACAACCGUCAAAGCAGUUCCGAAAUCUGGUUUAAGUAAAUCCGAGGGACUUGAAGAGAUUGACAAGAUUCAGAAGCAGAUUCUGGCAAUGCAAACGGAGAAAGAGUUUGUAAAGAGCUCGUAUGAGAAUGGACUUGCCAAGUACUGGGAGAUUGAGGAUAACAUCAAGGCAAUGCAAGAGAAAGUAAGCAGCUUGCAAGAUGAGUUUGGUGAGGGUCUGGUGAUUGAAGACAAUGAUGCUCGGAGUUUGAUGGCAGCGGCAGCAUUGAAAUCAUGCCAAGAUACAUUGACUCAGCUAGAGAAGAGACAGGAAUGUUCGGCUGAGGAAGCAAGAGUUCAGUCACAAAGGGUCAAGGAAGCAAGGAAGAAGUUCGAGUCUUUCACGAAUAAGCUUCCUAAUGCAAGAGAUGAAGAAGUAAAGGAGGCAAAUACAGACCAGGGAGUGGAGAGUGAAACUCAUGAGAAAGAGAAACUAGAGAAGUUACAAGAGAAAAUCAAGGAACACUAUGAUGCAAUAUCAGAUGAAUCUCUCACUGUAAGUGAAAUGGCAGAGAAGAUCGACGAGGUUGUGGGUAAAGUGAUCAGCUUAGAGACUGCUAUGUCAUUGCAGACAGCUCUAGUCGACAGAUUAAGAAGUGAAAACAACGAGAUAAGUGAACAAAUUCGAACUCUGGAAGAUGAGAAGGCAAGUCUGCUUGAUGGCAGGAAUGACAUGAGUAAAAAGCUGAAAGAGUUGGAGGAACAGUUGCAGAGAGCUCAGGAGCUAAAAAAAGAUGUUGAAAGUCAGAAUGACAAUCUCCAAGUACAUUUUACUGAAGCACAUUACAGCCUUGAUCACAUUUCUCAUAAGCUAGAAACUGUAAAGCCAGAUGAGGAGCCAAGUGCCUCAGACUCAUCAAAAGAACUUGACAGAGGAGACAAUGCAUUUGAUCCUGUCGAUGGUUCCAAGCCAGUGCGGGAAUUGAAGUCAGAUGAGAGCCAAAAGCCUAACGACGAAUCUACGCAACAUGAGGCAAAGCCAAAACCUGGCGAUGGUUCAGUAAAAGCUAUAGAUAUUCCGAGUAAUUCAAAUGGCGAUAGAGGAAAAGAUGUUUGCCAAUCACCUGCAAGUAAACAACAGAAGGGAACACCAAAUGCCGAUGAUCAAGGAGGAGAUGUUUGUACUCCAAGGCAGACAAUGGGUAGUCUUCUUGAUAUGGAGCUAACCGAUGAUCUGGAGACAAAGCAUGAAGAUAAGCCGGACUGGCAGAAAUUGUUUACAACUGGAUUGGCUGACAAAGAAAAGAUUCUACUGAAAGAGUACACUGCAACCCUUCGGAACUUCAAGGAUCUCAAGAAGAAGUUUAGUGUGACUGAGAAUGACCUCUUUGAAACAUCAGUGCAGAUGAAAGAACUGAAGAGCAGCAAUGCCCUCAAGGAUGAAGAGAUCAAAGCGUUGCAUAAGAAAUUGGACAAUCUCAUAAAGAGUUUUGGUGAUAAUCAGGAAGCACUGAAAGCUUUAGAGCAGGGGCAGACACCAACUGAGAAGGAGGAGGAUUCAAUUAAGGACCUUUUAAAUGAUAAUUCUCCCACUACAUCAGCAAUUGAGGAAAAAUUCCGAGCUAGCAUUGAUGAACUGUUGGAGGAAAACUUGGAUUUCUGGUUGAAGUUUAGCACUUCAUUCCAUGAAAUACAGAAGUUUGAAACUAGCAUCCAAGACUUACAGUCCGACAUAUCAAAGCUCGAGGAUAGGAGAAAGAAAGAAGGAAGUAGUCAUUCAAGAACUUCUGUAAAAUCAGAUGCACGUCCGUUAUACAAGCACCUAAUGGAGAUACAGACUGAAUUAAAUGUUUGGUUGGAAAAGAGCUCGGUUCUGAAAGAUGAACUUCAGUGCAGAUUCUCUUCUUUGUGUGACAUUCAAGAGGAAAUAACCAAGGCCUUAAAGACAAGCGCCGAGGAUGGAGACUUUGACUUUACAAGCUACCAAGCUGCAAAGUUCAAAGGCGAGCUUUUAAAUAUGAAGCAAGAGAACAACAAGGUUGGAGAUGAGCUACAAGCGGGAUUAGAUCAUGUGACAACACUCCAACUUGAAGUAGAAAAAGCAAUGGGAAAGUUGAACGAGGAGUACAAAUUCUCUGCAUCAAUGAAGAAGCAGCAGCCGAAUCAACAACAGCUGACUGAUUCUGAGAGCCGCUCCAGAGUUCCUUUGCGGUCAUUUAUCUUUGGUGUCACACCAAAAAAGCAAAAGCGAUCAAUCUUCGCUGUUGUUGCCCCUGCUAUGCAUAAGAAAUACCAUGCAAAAUCUAGAGCCAACUCCAACCAGCAGUAAACUAUUUCAACGGUUUGCUACUUGUGUUUUUCACCUUCAUUUCCUGAAUGAAGAGGUUUUGUAUCUCAACAUUGAACAGUAAUUUUGACAGAUUUCAUUAGAGUAUUCUCCUAUUCUUUUAGGUCUCUUUGUUUCUAGCUUUUGUUUGGGAACUCUGUUAUUCAUUUGUCAAUCACCAUACAGUUUUUUACAGCGUAUAUCAAAACAACAGGGUCAUGAACC